AUGGAAUACUCCUCCGCUACCUGGUCUUCCCAGGCUCCCGCCCCCGAGAAAUCAUGCGAACUCUAUAUCCGCGACUACCCUCAUCGCUCCAUCGCCAUCGUAUCGUCCUCGCAUGCCCUAAUCCUCCGGUACACAACUUCUACCAGUGAAGCCAUCGCCAAUGGCUCGCUUACAUCCGUCGCCGCCUCUGCGCGGCCCCGCGGGAACAACGGAGAGGCUCUCGUUUCCAAGUGCAUGGUCGAGUUUGCGCCCGUGUCGAAGCAUAUUUUACAAGACUAUCGUCGUCUGACCCAUCGACCGAUUUACGGAACACUUGGCUUGAUUGCAGUCAGCGGCGAGGUCUUCAUAUCUGUCAUCACGCACGCAACAAGGGCCGCCACGCUACGGCCCGGCGAGACGGUUGAGCGCAUUGGCGGAGUGGCAUUCUACUGUCUAAGCAGCGCGGAUUACGACGAUGUUGUGCCUCUUGGGUCUCUCGAGUCGGAAUAUUCAGAUGCUGCCUCGGUGCAAUCCGACCCUUACGGUCAGGGCCUCAGCCGAAGAGAGGUGGCUAUGGAACAUCCUUGUCAUGACCUGCGCAACCUACUCAGCAACGGAACCUUUUACUACAGCACAGAUUUCGACCUGACCAACCGAGUGCAGGACAGACCUAUCAACUCCAACUCGUUUGAAAUCGACAACUUUGACGAUGCUUUCCUCUGGAACUCGUUCAUGAUCAGCCCCCUGGUGCAAUUUCGGUCACGACUCAUGCCUCAGGAGCGGUCAGCUCUUGAUUCUUCGCGAAUUCUCACUUCUGCAAUCAGAGGUUUCUGUAAGACAAUGACCAUUCCGUUGAGCUCCUCGCCCAUAAAGAAUGUCAAGACUGGCAUGCCCUCUUUCAUGACACUCAUCUCGCGCCUGUCUUGUCAAAGAGCCGGAACUCGUUUCAACUCACGAGGUAUUGACGACGACGGGCAUGUUGCCAACUUUGUCGAGACCGAGACGACAUUCUGGAGUCCGGCGGGAGUCCUGUUCUCGUAUGCCCAAGUCCGUGGUUCCGUGCCAGUAUUUUGGGAGCAGGCUGCCGACCUCAUCCCAGGACGUCAGAAGAUCACAAUAACUAGAUCUCCGGAUGGUACACAGCCCGCAUUCAACAAGCAUUUUGAGGAGCUUGAACAAUCAUACGGAGCCGUCCACGUCAUUAAUCUUCUCAGCGAAACCAAGCCAGGUGAGGUUGAGUUGAGCACGCUCUACCACAACGGUAUCAGGCACUGCCCCCUGAGCCGACCAGGGCCAGAUGGCUCAUGGGAUCGUUCCCUCUUGCGGGAAACAAACUACGAUUUCCACGCCGAGACCAAGGGGCCUGCCGGGUAUGAAGCUGCUCGAGAUAUCCGCCGCUACAUUGAGGAUUCGACGGAUGGUUUCGCCUAUUUCCUUGCAGAGGAGACAAGUGACCCACGGGAAGACCAAGAUGGCUCUGGGCAUGCACGCAUGAUAGUUGUGCUUCAGCAGGAGGGUGUUUUCCGAACCAAUUGUCUGGAUUGCUUGGACCGAACCAACCUCAUCCAGACCAUGAUCUCACAAAUGGCAGUCGAAGCCUUCCUUGGACACCGAGGCGAAUUCGCAGCCUCUGACUUUUGGAUGAGGCACUCCAGUUUAUGGGCAGACAAUGGUGACUCGUUGUCAAAGACAUACGCUGGAACAGGCGCGUUGAAGUCGUCAUUUACACGGCAUGGAAAGAUGUCUCUGUCUGGUGCUGUGGCCGAUGUGCGCAAGUCUGUUCAGCGCAUCUAUCACAACAACUUCCUCGACCCUUCUCGGCAAAUCACCAUCGACAUGCUCCUGGGUCGUCUCGUUGGACAAGCACCGGUUCACUUGUUUGAUCCCAUCAGCGAUUUUGUGUCUUCGGAGUUGGCGAGGCGAGGCGGCGAGUUCACUUCGUACAACGGUAUUACAAUAUGGGUCGGCACGUUUAACCUCAACGGUCGAACAGAAGGCGUCGAUCAUGACCUCGGUCCUUGGCUAUUCCCAGAGUCUAUGGGCAACGCCCAGCCAGAUAUCUAUGUUGUCGGUUUCCAGGAAAUCGUGGAGCUCAGUCCGCAGCAAAUCAUGAACAGUGACCCAUCUCGGAAGAAUCUAUGGGAGCAAGCUGUCAAGAGCAACCUCAAUGAUCGACAGAAGCGAUUAGGGGGCGAGAAGUACGUACUACUACGAAGCGGGCAGCUCGUUGGAGCAGCGCUAUGCAUCUUUGUAAAGACGCCCAGUUUGGCCAACAUUAAGAACGUUGAAGGCAGCGUGAAAAAGACUGGCAUGUCUGGCAUGGCUGGAAACAAGGGGGCUGUUGCGAUUCGCUUCGAUUACGCCAACACCCACAUCUGCUUCGUCACGGCGCAUUUGGCAGCGGGUUUCUCAAACUAUGAGGAUCGCAAUCGGGAUUAUGCAACGAUUCAUCAUGGUCUGCGUUUUCAGAGGAACCGAGGCAUCGAUGAUCACGAUGCCGUUAUCUGGCUGGGUGACUUCAAUUAUCGCAUCGGCUUGAGCUUGGAAACUGCAAAGGCUCUAGUCAAGAAGCGUGACUUUGAGGCCCUGUACGAGAAUGACCAGCUCAACCUCCAGAUGGUGGCUGGUCUGUCAUUUCCAUUCUAUUCGGAAGCUCGCAUUACGUUUCCGCCCACAUACAAGUUUGACAUUGGGACUGAUGAUUACGAUACUUCUGAAAAAGCUCGCAUUCCCGCUUGGACAGAUCGCAUUCUGAGAAAGGGCCCUAACCUCAGACAAGUCCUGUACAACUCGGCGCCUCUCAAAUUUUCAGACCACAGACCGGUCCAUGCCGCCUUUGAGUGCAGGGUGAGCAUCGUGGAUGAAUCUCUGCGGGAGUCAAUCAGCCAAGAACUCUAUCAGCGCCGGAAGGCCGAGGUCGGGGACGCUACAGCGCAUCUCGGCACGGGCGAAGACAGCGAUGAUGAAGACCUGAUCGGAUACGACUCGAUAGAGCCGGGACUGCCACCGGCUAGUUCGGACCGCCAGAAGUGGUGGCUCGACAACGGACAGCCUGCUCGUGCGGCAGUGCCUGUCCCCAAGGCCAGGAAUGGGCAGAUGGUUUCUCUUAACCCGAGUCGCCCAUCGAAUCCCUUUGGUCAAGCUGAAGAACCGGACUGGAUAUCGAUCCCGAGAUCGUCAUCCAAGGCUUCUUUGUCGAGCAUGUCGAGCUCGCCGUUCGAAAAGGUCAACUUGCCCCAUGCCAUGGCAUCAGCUUCAAGUAUCCCGCCGAGAAAGCUACCCCCGCCAUUUGAUCCAUCAACUUUGCCAGCCAAGGUUGGACGUCUGGCACUGAUGGACGAUCAUGGACCAGCCAGCAGAGGAGAAACGCCGCCUCCGCCUCCACCCCCGCGGCGGCAGACUGCAGGAGUGGGACAGGGAGGCAGCAAUGGCUUUGGACUUAAUAGGACACAGACACAGCCUCUGCCAACGCCCCUUCGACCUACUUCGGAAGCCUCCCACACUUCACAUGCCUCGCAGCAGCACGGUAAGAGUGGGAAGCCGGCGCCUCCAGUAGCAAAGAAGCCAGCACAUCUGGCGACGAUAUCUCCCAUAUCAAGUCCAGUGGGAAGCCACAGCACCAUAGACGAUGAUUUUCGUCCUCCAUUGCCCACCAGGGCGGCCACGGCUAGUUUGGUACCAAACCCUCAUCCGCACGGAGCUGGGGCGGCAACCGUGCGAAAGCCCGUGGCAGGCCCAAAGCCCGGGAUGAACGGCUCCAGCCCGAAGCCGUCAACUCCGGUCGGAGCAGUGGGUUUGCCCGGGAUGAUGGGUGGGGAUGUCCGGGGUGGACGCCGAGCGGCACCACCCGUGCAUCCGAAACCACACCUGCAGCAGCAGCCGCAUCAACAACAGCAGGGAACGGUGGACCUGCUGGGCUCUCUUGACGAAGGUCAGGAGGUAGGAGGAUGGGAGACUCUGAAGCCGAGUACGAGAGCGUAG